AUGGCUCCCGCCAAAACUCAAACCAAUUUGAAGAACAUCGUCACCGUCACCGGAGAAGAGCAGACGUUCAAUGCUGGCUUACUCGGUGGAGACGAGUACGCAAGGCUAUCCGGAUAUGCCCCUGUCUCCGACCCAAAGUUGAUCGAAGACGUUCCCCAGACGAGUAUCCACCCUCAUCGUCGUCGAAGAGUCGUCAUCGUAGGUGGAGGCGUUAACGGCAUCCAGCAAGCCAUUGGUCUACUGGGCUCCGGCCAUAUUAAACAUGAAGAUAUGGUGAUUUUCGAAACAAUGAGGGAAUUUGGCGGUACCUGGGUUAAAAAUUCUUACCCAGGCUGUGCUUGCGAUGUCCCCUCAAUGGUCUAUACCACCAGUUAUUACAUCUCGAAAUCCUAUCGAAACUUUUUCCCCAAGCGAGACGAAAUUUUGCAGUAUUACCACAACUUUGCGCGCGACUACCAGCUAGAUCGCUGUACCAGGUUCAAUUCGCUAGUGAGGUCUUGCGUGUGGGAUGAAGACCGAAUGAUCUGGCACGUCGCUGUCGCGGAUAAGGCGGGAAAAGUUGAACAUUGGGCCUGCGAUGUUCUCAUUCAUUGUACCGGAAAUCUCGAUCGGCCCAAGUAUGGAAAUACGCCGGGGCGCGAGGUGUUCAAAGGUGACUCCUGGCACACGGCUGAUUGGAGACACGACUACGAUCUAACUGGGAAAACUGUGGCUGUCGUUGGUUGUGGUCCAAGUGCCGCCCAAAUCAUACCAGAAAUUGUCGACAAAACCAAGCAUUUGACGGUCUAUAUGCGCAACCCACCUCUCUGCAUACCGCGUGGUGAUUAUACCUACAACAGCCUGUUUCGCUUUGCGAUGAAGUGGAUUCCGUACUUUCCGAAUCUGGUUCGCGCAUACAUAUUGUGGCCAAUCGAGAAGUAUGGAAUGCGUUUGGUGACCGAGAACGACAAACUGAACGAAGACGCGACUCAAAAGGCUCACAAGCAAUUAGAGCAACAAGUCAAAGACCCUGUCCUCAGAGAGAAACUAAGACCUACUGCCAAGUACUGGUGCAAACGAGUCCUUUUGCUAGAUACCUUCUAUCCAGCUCUGAGCAAGCCAAACUGCACUGUUCUACGAGACCAUCUUGUCUCCUACACCGAAGGUGGAAUCAUUUCUGCGGACAAGACCACCGGGAAACAGGAAGAGAGAAAAUAUGAUGUCGUCAUCUAUGGCACAGGGUUCAACAAUGCACAAUACCUCGAACAUAUUACAGUUCGUGGUGUUGAUGGUGCCGAUAUCCAUACUCAGUGGAAAGACCACCCCGAGGCACUCUAUGGGUUAGCCGCCAGUCGAUUUCCCAACAUGUUUAUGUGUUUCGGCCCCAAUUCGGUGGGUUUCUGGUCUUCACCACUGGAUACCUGGCAAAACCAGGCCGAGUUCAACGCAAUGGCUAUCGGAGAAAUAAUCCGGCGCGAGAAGCAGGGGAACAAGUUCGCCAUGUGUCCAAACAGAAGGGUCGAGGAGGAGUACAACCAACUGGUCCAGAAGAAUCAAGAAAGGUAUACCUGGGCAAAUCCGUCCUGUCAUUCAUACUACAAGAACGAUGGGGGAUGGAUUACGUUCACGAUGCCUUGGUCUCACUCGGAAUAUCACCAAAUGACGCACAAGAUCAACUGGGAGGAGUGGGAUCUGUACGAGAAGCCAUUGCCAGCUUGCAAGCUCUGA